GCCGCAAGAGUUGGCUGCUCUUUCCCAAUAUUUUAAGAUUACAGAAUAAGAUGGUCCGCUAUUCGUGACCUUCCUCGUGGUUCCAACCUUGGAUCACCAGCUUGGCUUUCCGCUCCCUAGAGUCCACAACCCUCAAAAUCCGCCAGACUAACGAAUGAAAUGACUAUUUGUCGACGCAUCUCGCUCUUUGAGUCAUUCAAGCCUCUAUUUCCAAACUAAUUCCCCGCGUGCAUGACACAAUCACAAUACACUUUCACUUUCACUUUCACUGCAGCAAACACGUAAAAACAUUUCUGAUUCUUAUAAAGGGUGUCCCAUUAUCCCUACACUCCAUAUCUCUGUCAUCGUCCCUCUUCUCAACCAACAGCCAUGUCCUACCAACAGAAACUUCGCGGUCAACCGCCCCAGCACUGGAACGCCUACCGUCCAACGUAUGGCCCUCCAGCACACACUGCACCGCCGUACCAUGAAGAACCUCUCGAAGAAGGCAUUCCGUAUCCAAACUCAGCCCCCCUCAACCGACGUCGCUCACAGACUGUGAAACGCAACAAGCCCGACCGCGACGAGGAGCAACUCCCCCAACUCUGGGACACGGAGCUAGACGACCUCAUGGGCCGCACGUCACGCGCCUACGACGUAGUAGUCAACUACGAGCGCGACAGCGAAGGCGGCCAGCGCUGGUCCCGCGAAGACAUUGCGCUGAUCCGCGACCUGGGCAAGUACAUAUGGGACGACCUGCGCGCGAUGAAGAAGUGGCAGCGUACCGUUGCAGAACAAGGAGACGUGGACGAGGAUACGAUGCGCCAAAUCUUCGACGACGCAGACAAGAUGCACGCGUACUGCUCGGAAAUCCAAGCCACCAUCAGGGAGAAGGAGUAUGCCGGUGGCUUUGUGGUGGAUACGCAGGGAAACUUGGCUGUAGCGCAUGGCUUCCGUGAUGAGCGCGGUCAGCAGCUUCCUGGUAGGAGCAUCCUUCGUCCUGAGAGCUCGGAUUGGAGUGAGACUGAUCCUUCUAGCGCUCGUCGGCGAUCCCGUCCCCAAGGUCGGCCAGUCCGUAAGCAGAAUGCAGGGCGUUGAGGAGCGAGACUCCUAUCGCCACCCUCGACGGGGUAUUGCAGGCCAUCUAGGGAACCAUACCCUACACUACUAGGCAGUUCGCACGGUAGAAGUGAGCAAACUAUCAGUUGGAGGUCGAAGAAGGAGCUUUUGGGUGGAGAUGUUGGCCGCACUGUGUGUGUCUCUGGAGAAGGCUGACUCUGUGAAUAACGGUGAGAGUGGGAAGUCAUAUACAACUUCGUGCUAGAUCAACGAAUGCAGUGAUACCUAAUUCUGCCUUCAUCAACUCACCAAAUCAUCGUGCACUUCCCCCAGCCCCCCUCUGUAGUCGAGAAGUC